AUGCGUGUGCAUGAAAUUCCUAUCGAUUUUGUUACACGUCUGAACUCCGGCUCUUCCGACGUUCCGACUGGAUCUGUUGCAUCUCUGAGUUGUGGACAAUCUCCGCACUGUAUACGAAAAAUAGCUGAAAAAGUGAGGGCCGAGAAUCCUCUUGGCUAUCUUGCACGUCUAGACUUUAAACCAUUAUUGGGUAGUACACGUACUGGAGAUGAUCAAGUCGAGGAAGUCGAAAUCAUGGUCAUUUGA